AAUGGAGACUCAGGGAUCGGCAGUGAUGGCAGAGUGCUGACACAUCAGGGGAAGUAAUAUCACAGCCAGCAAUUUUAUAAAUGAACACAAAAAACUGCCAAUGACACCAAAAGCAGGACGAAUGCCAAAAACACAUGAGAUUUGCAAUUGCAAAGCAACUAUAGAUUGAGAGAUUUCCCGCAGUAGUUUGUGUCUCUGCCCCUCCCACAAUGGAGAGAUUUCCCGUAGUAGUUUGUGUCUCUGCCCCUCCCACAAUGGGGAGAUUUCCCGCAGUAGUUUGUGUCUCUGCCCCUCCCACAAUGGGGAGAUUUCCCGCAGUAGUUUGUGUCUCUGCCCCUCCCACAAUGGGGAGAUUUCCCUCCAGUAUUCGUGUCUCUGCCCCUCCCACAAUGGGGAGAUUUCCCGCAGUAGUUUGUGUC